CGUCCUCCAUAGCAGAAAUAUAUUCUACCGCGUAGCAGCCUGUGGCAGAAUAAAUCAACUUUGAUUGAACAAACCAACACUUAACAUAUAUUGCAUUGAUUUGCUUUUAGUGACAUUAUAUUUAAACUAUAAUAUUUGCGGAAGAGAUCGGUACAUAUUUUGUACCGAUAUGAACUCCUGAUUUGGAGAGGAUCACAUUCUAAACACGACCUGACAGGACCUCCAUGAUGAACAGUCAAAAGAGAAACAGAACCCAUCGACCCAACACAAAUACUGGAAACAGGGUGACAAAAGCAAGAGGAAGCUUUGACAAGAAUGUUAUUAGUGAAGGAAUUUUUACCAAUCCCAGAUUUACCUAUAUUGCAACUAGUCUUGUUGGAUGCUGUGUUCAACUUCAAGUGAAGAAUGGAAAAUGCUAUGAAGGAAUCCUUAAAACAUGUAGUCCAAAGAUGGACGUUGUAUUAGAAAUGGCCCAUAAAAUUGAUGACACUGGCAAUAAUAAUGUUCCUUCCAGAGAGCUUGUACAAGAGAAGAUAAUAUUUAACUGUGGAGAUAUUUUAAUGAUUACAGCUGUUGAUGUAGAUUUAGAUUAUGCUGUUAAAGAUACAUUUACUGACACUGCAAUAACAAAACAGAAUGGAGUUGCUGACAAAGAACUUCGUGAACUGACUCCUUGGGAGCCGGAGGAAUCAGAAACUCAAGGGGGAGGGGGUCUACAUGAUGGGGGAGGAGCAUCAAAUGGAUGGGAUGCCGAUGACAUGUUUUCAACAAAUGAAAGACAGUUUAAUGUUAAAUCUACAUACGAUGAUUCUUUACACCAAUACACGGUGCCUUUAGAAAAACGUGACACAAAGGAAUAUAGAGAGAAAGAAGAAAGAGCAGCUCUGUUAGCUCAAGAAAUAGAGAAGAGUGAUGGAUAUCGCCAGAGGACAGAUCUAGAGAACAAUGGGGAAGGGGAGAAUGAAGAAUCUAAAUUUAGUGCAGUAGUUCGGCCUGAUAAUGCCGCUCCUAACCCUGGAAAAUAUGUUCCUCCAGGAAAGAGAAAUCAGUACAAUCAACAGAGAAGCUCCCGACAUGGUGCACCUCCUAACCGAUUACCAGUACAUCAACCACCACCACAACCAACAGCACCACGGCUGGCAGCUCAACAUUCUAGGGAGGAUUAUAAAGUUAAUGGUAAUGGUGAUGUAAGAGAAGAAGUAAAGGUUGAAGAAAAAGAUAAUACUAGUCCAGUUCCUGACUCUGCUGGUCAUACAGAGUCCAUUCACACCUCACCGGUGUCUAAAAUUGAUAAGAAAAACUCCACACCCAAGGCACAAAAUGCCUUAAUACAAGACUUAAAAGAUUUUAGUGUUAAUUUUAAGUUAUCUGAGGACUCUAAAGAAACAAAGAAAAGUCCUGAAAAAGUUGAAAAGACUGAACAGAAAGAAGAAUUAGAAGAAAAGACAAAGUCGCCACCCCCACCUGUUCUUACUACUUCUGGUGCACAUCCUAUAGUUAUCCCAGCUACCACUCUAGAACCCCCACUGUCUAAGGAGGAAUCAAAGCCAGAAACACAUGAUAUUUUGAAGAACUCCAGCCUGAAUCCCCAUGCAAAAUCAUUUGUCUUGAAUCCUAAUGCAAAAUCUUUCCAACCGAAGCAGUACCCUCAACAGGUACCGACACCACCACGACCACAAACACAGAGUCCUAUCAUACAACCCAUGCCUCCUGCAAUGGCUCCCAUGUUCCAGCCUGUUAUCUUCCAUUCUCAACUGGGUCAACAGAUGCAACAACAACAGAGACCACAGCCAAAACGAGACAAUGGAAAUAAAAGACCUCCUCCUCCUUCAGCUGUGGUGUCUAUACAUCCCCCCAGAUCAGAUUUUACUGCCGCAGCAGCUCAAGCAGCCACAGGGGCCCCACUGUUAGCCCACACCAAUUACUCAGCUGUACAGUACGCACCCUUUAUGAUGCCCCAACCAGCAAGUUAUCAAGUAGGGCAGGUGAUGCCUAUGCCUUCAGCCACACCAGCAGCAGGACCACGUAUGAUGACCCCACCAUCAGGGGCCACGAUGGAUAUGAGUCAGCAGCCCUCAGGUCAUACAAUGUUCAGAAGAAACUUUGAGAUAGACCCUGAUUAUCAAGAUGUAAUCUGGGAAGAUUAUUAUUCUGUGGGACAACAUGGGCCAAUGCCAGCACAUAUACAACAUCAACCGUACCAUAACCCCCAGCCUGCACACAUAGGACCACACCCGGGCCAACAGAAUCAACAGAAUCACCCUGCACCUAGUCCUGUUCAACAUGUUGUAACGUCAUCUCAGUCACAUCCUCCGACGUCGACACCUCAACCACACAACCCUUACCAACAGAUGUCCAUACAGGGUCAUCCGCCGUUACAGCCCAGUCCACAUAAUCCAGCAUCACCACAGACAGUCCACAUGCCUGCUGUUCAGUAUCAGUUCCCGUUACAAAUGCAAGGAGGCAAUAACCAAGUGAUGUCACAGACACACCCACCCACGUCAGUGCCACACUCCAUACACUCACAUAUGCAACCACAGUUUGUGAUGAUGCCACAUCCGCAACAUCAACACAAUCAACAGAAUCAACAGUUCCAGCCUCAUCAUUUAGGUCAUGGACAAACCUCAAUGUUACAUCAAGGAGGAGUUCCCACUUUACAGAACACACAGCCAGGAACACAUCCACAACAGUUUAUCCCACAAGUAUAUAGGGUUUAUGUGUUAAAUGACAAAAUUCCUCCUACACAAGGAGCACCACCUAGUAUACAGAACUAUCAACCAAACCAUUAACUUAUUUUACUUUGAUUAACAUUCAACAGAUUAUAAACAAGGAACCCAGAGAAGACAUUAUAAAGAAAAAUGAUGAUUCUAUAAAACUGCUUCCUAAAAUACGUUUUAGACAACUUUUACACAGAUCAGUGAGAAAUAAUGUGAAAUCACUGAUGUGUGACGAGUUAAAAGUAGACCCCACAUGGAUUAAUAAUGGUGUCUAUCAUGGAUGAAAAGUGAAAAAAUGUUUGCCAAGAUGCAUACAUGUGAUUUUAUCAGUGAGUCUGAGAGAUUUUGUAAGGAGAAAAAAAGUAAAAAAAACUUUAAAAAAAUAUUAAAAAAAAGAACUGAAAACAAUUGUGUUUGUUCAUGUUGCAACACACAUGAAGUCUUAUUUGUAGAAGAGCAGUAUUAUACAGCAAUGGUGUCAGGUUAUGAUUCCUUGGAAUGUUUCUGACUGCAAAUUUUGUAUGUUGGUGCAGACCAGAUAAGAUGCUCAUUAUUUGACAAGUCAUAUUUUUUAGACCCUUUUACUAUACAGGUUAGCUAAGACGGGAUUUAUCGUCACUUAGCAUCAUAAACUGGAAUCAAAACAUCAUUAAUCCGAAUAUUAUUGAUUCAUUUGU